CGGCAGUUCGUGGACUGCUGCAAACGCAGAGUGUCGUCUCGCGUCCUGCAACAAUAGAGUGAGCGAGUUUCGUAGGGACGAUUAGAUCUUCUACAGGCGGCUUCCAAAAACCAGAACAAAUUUUACAUCGAAUAGGGCGGAGGACAAAGGGAAAACUGUUGGAAUGUGGACAACUUUUUUGCAAUUGAUCGAAACGCCGUGCAAUGAUUUCCUGCUCAAUAUAUAGCAACUUCGAAAAUGCUUAACGUAAACACAAACGACAAUAGCAAUUUUCAGCAAUUUGCUAAGAUGUAAGAAGUGUUUGUUUCGACAAAGAAAGCUAAAAGAGAAACGAAGAGAUGGAUGAUAGUUCGCCGGAUUUAAGCUUGAAGCUGCGCCGCGGCUCGAGCGAUUCCCGGGAUUCGUUUUACAUGGAUUUCGAUAAAGGCAUCGAUUCGGACAUCGAAGAAAUCGCGACCACCUCGGGAGCAGAUCUAUGCGAUAACAUUGCUACCCUGACGACGGCGACAUCAACAGCGCUCACCGCACAUCGAGAUGAUAUUCACAGCUGGCCCAGUAUCCCAGCGCAAAAUGUGAGCGGCGGAACGAGGAGCAGCGUUUUGGGCGGCGGAGAUCCCUUAGUGCCGUCCCCGUCCACCCCUCAUGCAAUCAUCGUGUCGCCUGAAACGCUAAGCCAUCGCUCGACGUCGCCGACGACGAAACUCACGGCCAAACCCUCCGGACAUGUUCAAAUACAAAUUUCUCCAACCAGCAGAGAAGUUAGUCCGGGUCCGAUGGCUAUGGCACCGCUCGGUUACUACCAUCAUCAACAGCUUCCUAUGGCCCGUCGGCUCUCCAGAGCGGAGAAACAAAUCGAGUGGCGCCAACUGGGAGCGGAUGCUUUGGCUACUACCCUUUCCGCACUAUAUGGCAAACUAUUAGUUGUUAUGGGGACUGCUUUUCCGAUGGCAGAAGUCAUUUCAACCUACGUUCCUCCGUCGUUUUACGAAGUAUAUUACUUAUAUUUAUAUUUAGGAAGCAUGCUGUUCCUAUUUUAUAUGUAUAUAGUGCUGAUAAGAGAUCGUCGCAAAAGAAAAUUGGAAGAAGAUGAAAAAAAUAAAUCUGCGAAGAGCGAAGGCAGUACUAUAUCAAACGAAGAAUCAGACAACACCACAGAUUCCUCGUAUCGUCCCAGAAAAGGAUCUUUACUCGCUUUACCACCUAAGCAGAAUUACGGAAGUUUCUAUUUACGUAUGGGAGCUGUGGCAUUCGGCAUUGGAAGCAUGAUAUAUUCUGGUUUGGAGUUUGGGCAGUAUUUCGAAUUGGAAAGGAACACGAAAUGCCAUAACAUAUUUCUAGCGUUGACGCCCGCUACCCGUAUGGCUUUCAUUUUCAUCCAAAUGUAUUUCAUUUUCCUCAACAACGAGCAAAUGAGAGUGUACAAACACAAAAUAGCAGCUAGAUUCGGACUGAUGCACAUGAUUGGCACAAACUUAUCCGUUUGGUUGUUGGUCUUGGUGCAGGAAACGAAACACGAAAUACUGACUUUCUAUAAUCCGGAGAACAACACUUUGAAGAUUUCGCAUCGAAUUCCAUAUCAUAAACAGAAUGUUUUGGGAUUACCGACGGUAUCCGCCGAACAUCCGGCAGAUGCACACAGCCAUGGUCAUCAUAUUGUUGCUCGCGGAUUGAAAGGACCGCAUCUUCUUUACGAAUGCCGCAGGACUAACAUCAUCGGGUCCUUGGUGCAAGACGCAUCUCCGUUUUUGUUUCCAUGCACUAUUGAAUACAGUCUAAUCUGUGCGGCAAUACUGUACGUGAUGUGGAGGAGCAUCUCCAAGUUACCAGGAUCGGCAUCGGCGCUUAAAGCUAAAGCCGAAUUGAAUUAUAAAAGGACUCCGCAUCAUUACUCUGUCGAUUGCUCUAGAGCGCAUAAAGGACUUUUCGUUGGGAUACUCUUGUUAGUCCUAACAAUUAUAUCGUUAAUUCUCUUUUUCGUGUUAAUUUCUCGAGCCGAUUUCGUCGGUUUGGCCGUCAUCGAGGUGAACAUUGCCGAAUUGACUUUGUACGGUUUGACCACCUUGGCUACGUUAAUCGGGAUGUGGCAAGUGCGACAGUUGAAAUACGACGGAAGUAGGAACUUGCAAUUGGAUAACAUCUUAUUGGUUGGAGCUCAGACUGGAAUGUUCAUCUACAGCACGUUCACGAUUAUUGGUGGACAGUUUACGAUCGAACGCAACACCGUUCUGGUUUUGGUCACAGCGUUAGCGUCCCUCUUGCAGACGACGUGUCAGACGAUCUUCGUUCUGGAUGCGUCGAGGCGAUCUUGCGCCACCCCGGAACAAAUCCGAAAGAAGCCAGCUAGACAAAUAGUCACAUUUUUACUGGUUACAAAUUUAGCCAUGUGGGCUAUAAAUACGUUGGAGAAGUCUCGAGCCGAAUCUCAUCCCAUCCAAUUGCACUUUUACGGUCUUUGGGCUUGGACGAUAAUAACGCACGUUUCGAUGCCUCUGGCAAUAUUCUACAGAUUCCACAGCACUGUUUGCCUGUGCGAAAUUUGGAAGAGAGCGUACAAAAUGAAGCCGGCGUACAUGUAAUAAGCGAAGAAUCCUCGCGAAUGAUGGAAAUCAUUAAGACUGUGUUCAAAGUAGACUUCAGGGAUUUCUCACAACUGGGUCCAUUCACUCUGGACAAAUGAUGAAUUAUCAAAGUAGACUGAUUUGAAAUGUCGCAAUAAUCUUCUUCUAAUAGAUAGAUACUAAUUUUAAAAUACUAAUAGACUUUUUUUCGUCGAUAUUAUAGAAGCAAACGGAUGUGGGUUUUUGUACAAUAAUAAUAACGACUUAUUUUGUAAUUGAAUCCGUGCUAAUGAUCCAUCCUGUGCAAAUAUACAAAUAUAUUUUUUUGAAAACAAUCAAAAUUAACUAAUAUCAAAAGAUUUCGCUCCAAACAAUAUCUGUACAACUUCAGGGAUCAAAUAUAACGUUUCUCUUUCUAAGAUAUUAAAGUAUUUUAAUAAUUUUAUAAGAUACAAUAGUUUGUAAGCAAACACUUUUUAUAC